UCCAGCUCAGCCUAGAAGGUCCGGUUCUCCGCGCCAUCGUGCUGGUCUGCUCCCAGAUGCUAGGAGUCCUGCCCCGCGCGCUGCGCCUCCGGCGCCCCUGGAGGUCCCUGGGGUACCGGGGCUGCGCCUCUCACUCGGCGACCAGGACACCCGAAAUCCAAGUGCAGGCGCUGACAGGUCCCAACCAAGGAAUCACUGAGAUUCUGAUGAACAGACCUCAUGCCCGCAAUGCCCUGGGGAAUGUGUUUGUCAGUGAGCUGCUGGAAGCUCUGGCCCAGCUUCGGGAAGACCAGCAAGUCCGGGUCCUGCUCUUCAGAAGUGCAGUGAAGGGCGUGUUCUGUGCAGGUGCGGACCUGAAGGAGCGGGAGCGGAUGAGUGCCGUGGAGGUGGGGACCUUUGUCCAGCGGCUCCGAGGCCUGAUGAGUGAGAUUGCAGCCUUCCCUGCGCCUACCAUUGCAGCCAUGGACGGGUUUGCCUUAGGCGGGGGCUUGGAACUUGCCCUGGCCUGUGACCUCCGAAUUGCAGCUUCCUCGGCUGUCAUGGGGCUAAUUGAGACCACUCGAGGACUUCUCCCAGGAGCAGGAGGGACUCAGAGGCUGCCCCGCUGUCUGGGCGUGGCCCUAGCGAAGGAGCUCAUCUUCACAGGCCGGCGACUGAGUGGGGCACAGGCCCAUGAGUUGGGCCUGGUAAAUCAUGCUGUGGCUCAGAACGAGGAGGGUAAUGCUGCCUACCACCGGGCCCUGGCACUGGCACAGGAGAUCCUGCCUCAGGCUCCCAUUGCUGUGCGCCUGGGCAAAGUUGCCAUCGACCGAGGAAUGGAGGUGGACAUUGCAUCAGGGAUGGCCAUUGAACAGAUGUGCUAUGCCCAGAACAUCCCAACCCAGGACCGGCUGGAAGGAAUGGCAGCCUUUAGGGAGAAACGACCCCCCAAAUUUGUGGGCAAGUGACACAGCUAACUUUAAGCAUACACCAUAAAGCCUAGAUCCAGAGAAAAGUUCAUAGCAGGCUAGCUCUCUUCAGUUUCUUCACAAGGACAAUAACAGACAUUGUGAUUGGUAUGGUGCCGAAAACCAAGUUGUUGACCAUGCCACGCACUGCCACCUUCCAUAUUGCUCACCUUGGCUAGGGACUGGGAUCCAGGCCUGCCUGGUUCUCUGCACUCAAACAAACUUUGGGUCUGUGUCACUGACUCUGAUCACCAUGGAUGGGCCAGGGAGGACACCUUCACUUCCUCUCAGAGUAAAUCCAGCCAGGUUUAAUUGAGUUAAGUGUCAAAAGCCAGCCCUCAGAUUCCAGCUCUUUGUAGGUAACUCAGGGGAAAUUUGGGACAAACCAGAACUCAGCAUUUCUGAUUUGGAUGUAUCAUAUUGUUCUGAUGACUUAAUAUCCUCGUGUUGAAUAAACAUGCUGCAACUAU